AAAGAAAAGUUAUGGUUAAAAGGGUUUUGAAUUCUUUUUUUAGUUUGGCUUCAUACAUUCCUUUAGAUUAUUGUGCAGUAAAACUUAAUAAAUCAAUUAUUAGAAGUAUCUCGAGGCAGCAUAUCGAAAGAAAAAUCAGAUCACUUGACUGAGUCAUAGACAAUAACGAUAAUUUAUAUAUAUAUUCACUGAAUUGAUUAAUUCAUUAAGAACAAUAUUGAUAAUUUAAGACUUUCCAGUCACAUGCUUUUUUAGUCAGCUAUUUUUGAUAUUACAUGUAUGAGGACACAGGUACUGCCCGCAUUUUACUUAAUAUGUUUUUCAAAGAUUUUUAAAAUUGUAAUGGUUUUUGAAGAAUUAUUUCAAAACAUUUAAAAUCAAAUAACUGUAAAUGUUCUUUGAUCUUGGUUUUUACUUUAAAAUAUAAAUGCAAUCAGGAAUGAUCAAGAAUGUAUGAGGUAUGGUAAGUAUUAGUCCAUUAAUUUUUUUUUUCUUUCACUAGCGUUUUUCGAAUGUUUCCUUUUGCAGGUCGGCUGUACGAUCCCUAGGAACUCUGAUACCCGUCCUAGGAGUCACGUGGUUAUUCGGAAUGUUGGCCGUCAACGAAAAAGCAGAAACGUUUCAGUUUAUCUUUGUUAUUGCAAAUUCACUUCAGGGACUUUUUAUUUUUGUUUCACAUGUUGUACUGAACAAAAAGGUGAUACAAGGCUUACGAAAUAAAUAUCCAGUCUUCAGUAGUCUAAUGAGUUUCACUGAGGAAAGCAAAAAAGAAACAACUUCUGUUUCCCGAAGUCAAUCUACAUCAAGAUCAGAUACCCACACGCUGAAAACAAAGAAAAAUGGAUGGAUUAAGAGAUUUCAUGAUUUAAAAUCAGCCGUGAAAAAUAAAGUGAAAACAUCGGAAUCGUAUCUGACUGAGAAAACCGUGUCUACUGAUUGCUCAACGAGUGAUCUCAAUGAAAAGAACCCCGUAAUUACCGAAAAUGAGUCGACCAGUCACACGUUAGAACUUAUUUCAGAAGGAGGACGUGCGGUAAAAAGAUUCCCGUUUCCGUUCAAUUUAAACCCAUGGAAGAAAAAAUACAACGUGACGGAGAUGUAGAGAGGAUAAGGCCCAAAAGCUCUUUACGAUUUAUAACGAUUGUUAUAUGUUUGUUGACAUUUAAUUCAGUAAAUCAGAACAUACAUAGAAUACAUACCACUGGGUGUUGCACUGUACAUGUAUUUAUUUUGUUAUCGAAUGAAUUCAUCUGCAUGCCAUUUCAGUUAAUUAUGUUUUACUUUUCUUUAAUUAUGCUUUACUGCACUCGACAACAUUCCUACAAAAAUUUACGUAAAUGUUUUGGUUAAGAAAACAUAAUUCAUUUUCCAAACGCAUCUGAAAAUCACUUGUCAAACAGUUCUUACUUUUUCUGUUUAUCUUUUUGGUAAGAUUUUGUUUGUUUCUACAUGUAUUAGUCAUUUAAUUUCAGAUUUUGUUUUAUUUAUGUACCUAAUGAUAUACUUUCUUCAAAACAUUUCUAUCUAUCAGCACAUUGUGAAUGCUUGCAUUUAAAACAUCAGAAAAGUUUUAGAUGUUGAUAUAUAUUUGCAUAUCCAUUGUUCUUUUCCACUGUAAGUUCAUACGGAGGAACUGCAAUUAUCUUUUUUAUAAUCGCAAUUGAUCUGUCUGUAUACUAUGACGUCAUAAAGGUAUGACGUCAUAUACUUUUCCAUGACCCACUAUACAUUAUGUGUUUUUUUCUUACUCCAUAAAAUUGAUGUAUUUAAUUGAAACAUGUCUUUAAUAACAUUUUAAAGGAAUAACUGUUAUAACAUAUUAUUGAUUCUGUUAACAAAUCUAUGUGGAUUAAAAAAAUACAUUACAGUC